AUACCAAAGAAACAAAGGAAAAAAGAAAAGAUGCUGGCAUUAUCCCCUCCUUUGUUUUCAACAACCUACGGAUGGCCCUUGGAGGAUCUCAUUGCCCAAAAUCUUCAACAAGAUUAUUGCAAUGAAGCAAAUUCAUAUCAUUCCCUUCUUGAUUUUCCUUCGUUUGAUCCAAUCCAGCAAGAUUUUGUACCCGAGAAUUCCAUUUCUUAUGGAGGGGCCGUAAAUGGAGGUACUGUCGAUGAUCUAAUGAUGGUGGCGAAAAAGCUCAAUCAUAAUGCAAGUGAAAGAGAUCGACGAAAGAGGGUUAAUGACUUGUAUGCAUUUCUUCGUUCACUGCUGCCUAUGUCAGUUGAUCAGAAGAAAAAAGUAAGCAUUCCGGGGACAGUAUCGCGUGCGCUGAAAUACAUACCUGAACUAGAAAAGGAAGUGGAGACCUUACUGCGUAAAAAGGAAAAGCUUUGGUCGUAUUCAUCGUCAACUGCUACCCCCAUGCAAGAGCGUCUUAGUAUCAAGAAACAAAGUGCUAAAGAUGCUACAAUCAAAACAAAAUCCUUGGUAAUUUCUUCUGUGAGCGUUUUAGGUGAGAAAGAAGCUGUCAUCCAGCUGAUCUCCUCAACGGACCAUAUGAGCAAGAACAAGGAAGUUGGCUUAUUUUCUAAGGUUUUGGAAUACUUAGAGCAGGAAGAGGAUGGGCUUGUUUUGCUAAACGCGACAUCGUUCAAAUGUUCAGGAGAAGGGACAUUAUUAAACACUCUCCAUCUUCAGGUGCAAGGUGAUAAAAAGAUAGAGGCCGAAAAGUUGAAGGAGAAGCUCUGCUCUUUCCAGCAAUAGAUGAAUUUGACUCUAAAGUGUAGUAAUUAGCAGGCUUCAGUUUCUAACAUACUUUGCAUGCAGUUCAAAAUCUCAUUUUGACUGUACAUUCUGUCUAUUUGUAGAUACUAGUAUAGUAGUAUCAAUGGGAAAUGAUAGUAGGAAAUUCCCAAACAUUCCGUUCAUCCUGUGUAUUGGUACUAAUUAUUCUCCAUCAGUGCAAUAUUUAGUACUUCUGAUCCAUGG